GGGCGGCCAUUACCUACCGUGCGGCCUUGCCGUGGUCUUGUGAUUGUUGCGUUCGUGUAUACGCUUGCGAGCUAGUGUAUACCUUAUACAUACUCACUCGCCUCUACAUCGUCAUCGCCGAGGAAGCGAGAGUGACUCUGUUGACGAAUCUUUUUUAUAAUCACACUCUCUUUCUCUCUCUCUCCACCUGUCAAUCGUACACAGAAGAGGGGGACCGAGAUACGACAAUUCUGGAUUCUAGAGCACGCAGAUGCACGGCAUUCGGAGUUAUUGUGCGUGACAACACUUUGACGUAAAAGAGGAACAGGAGGAGGGACUCGCGGGUGCGCCUCUCACCCAACUCGACAUUUACAACAGUAGUGUGCUGCAGCAGGGGAGUGUUGGGUGUAUGUGUGUGCGCGCGCCUCGCGAUUGAGGUUAGGGUUACGUUGGAGGAGGAGUAACAGCAGUAGAGCCAGCGAGCGGAGGGGCCAGGUCCAACUACCUCGGCAAUUGUGUACAAAAAAAAAAAAAAAAAAGCAACCGACCUCCUGGUGGACGAACGAAACCAAGAGAAACAAGGGAAACACGAUCCCCUGGGGGUUUGCUGUUUCAUCGAGAAGCGGAGCAUACAACUGCAGCAGUGGAAACAGCAGGACAACAAAUAGGCAAGACGACAGCGCAGCCGAGAUGGAGAGCCUGGCCGCCUUCGUGAUGAUCGGCCUGCUAUUAUUAGCGAGCAACCUCGUCGAGGUCGAGUCGUCGUCGAUCAAGUAUGUAGGCGACACGCUGGUCAGGGAUGGCCAGCCCUGGAACAUCACGUGCAGCGGAGUGCCGGCGAGCGCGACGAUCAUGUGGAAGCGCAACGGCCAGCCGCUGGUCGAGGACUUGGCCAGCGGUAUAAUGCACGUCGAGCCGCCCAAAGUGGUCGACGGCUACAUAACCAGUAGCCUUAUCGCCACCACUACCCUGGAGAGACACGAGGGCAGCUAUGUCUGCACCGAAAGCAACGAGACCCAUUACCUAGCUAUCGUCUACGACGUGACGAUGAAGGUGCUGACGAAAAACGAUACGGUCGUAGUGCUGGACUGCCCGGAUCGUCAGGGUGGCGAAAAAUUCGAGUGGUUCAAGGAUGGGAAGCCGCUGGUCGACACUGAUCUGUUGAAGAGCAAAAAUGGCUCCCUUACCGUCAUGUAUGGCGUAGAUGGCGUUACCGUUUUUGGUAAUUACUCCUGCAGGGUAGGAAACGUCUCCGCGGAUUACAGAAUCGUCAGAAAGCCUGACGUGGUGAUGCAUCCCUGGACUAACGUGGUCGAGGGGGAAAAGCUACACCUGACCUGCUCCGUGAAAACUGGCGAUCCAGGACUGAAGAUUCUCUGGAUGUUCCAAGACCACAACUACACCGCGCCCAUGGGCAGGGUCAAACUGAACAAGGACGAGGAGCGCAACAUCAACAACGCGAUAUUCAUCGUCGACGAAGUGAAGCAGAUCGACAAAGGCACGGUCAGCUGCAUCGCCUACUACACGGGCGUCACCGAUCCCCAAUACUCCGACGAAGCCUCGACCGUUAUCAGGGUCAAGGGCCGGCUCGACGCCAUCUAUCCGUUCCUCGGUAUCUGCGCGGAGGUCAUCAUUCUCUGCCUCAUCAUCGUCAUCUACGAGAAGAAGCGCAACAAGUCCGAACUCGAGGAAUCCGAUACCGAUCAGAGCCCCGACACCAAGCCCACACCCAACAAGGACUCGGACGUACGGCAGAGGAAGUAAAAGCCGCGAACUCGACCAACCCGAAGCGGCGCAAGGAGGCAAAACGGAGCUGUAAGACACGACAUGGGAACGAUUCGUUUGCGAGAAAUACCAAAAUGAACCGCACGGACGAGACUGGGCAAAUCUUUGACCAUCACCAACUAGUGCGGCAACAGACUCAAUACCCGUGGUCAAGAUCGGCAGAUCAACUGUUAUUUUUGUUUAACAAUUCACGCGUCGAUUCGCACAGGUCGAAAGUAAAAAUAAUCAAGCUCUUAAUGUGCAUGGAAUGUAUAAUUAUUCGUGUAUGGUACUUAUUUCUUCUGAUUCCGCUCCGGCGUCGAGCAGCCUUUUUUUCUCGAUAAAUUUGUUGAGAGUUUAAAUUAUAUGAUAAGAGAAAUUUAUAUCGCUAAUACUGUUAAAUAAAAGAAUGAGGAAAUUUGAGUAUAUAUGUAUAUCCAAACGAACGGCGAGAUUACGUAGCGGAAUAUUUGUAUUACGUAAUCCUGUAGAGUUUUCUUUCUUUUUUUUUUUUUCUUUUUUUUUCUAUCUUUUUUUUUUUUUUUU